AUCUCCACCGUACACUUUAACUACAAAGUUCCCUUUGGAACAAACACUUCAGGAAAAAGGCUGGAAUUAAAAUUCUUAGCUCUUUUUAAAAACAAUUUAUUUAUUUAUUUAUUUUAUAAAUAAAGCGGAAGAGGACUGCGGACAACAUGGGCGCCCUUUUGGUCGCCUUUAUUUUGAUGACCUCGUCUUCGUGGAGCAACUUUGUCCUCGCUCAUGCUCAAGGAUGUGUCGAUGAGAGCCAUUUUGAGGAGCACCUGCUCGACGCAGGGCAACAGGAUCCUCCAUACUGGCUCAACUGCUCCUUGGAGGGGGUUCCUCACGCCCAGGGCGACCCCCGGCCCCGGCUCACCUGGCUCAAGGACUGUCUGCCACUUGGUGCCCAGCAGGGGAAUUACUACCUUGAGUUUAGAAACAUCUCUUCCGAAGCCGGAGGGAACUACACUUGUUUGCAGUCCGGCAACAGCACAGCUUCGUUCACUGUGCACCUCGUAGUUAAAGCAUCCGAGUGCUCUAAAACUCCAGAGUUCCGGUCUAAUGAGGAUCCGAGCACACUCCGGGGGAAGGUGGGAUCCACUAUGAAUCUGAAUUGCACCGCCCUGCUUUCCUGGGACCUGACUGACAAGAAAUGUGACGCCUCAGUGCACUGGACAAAAGAUGGCUAUCCUCUGAGCAAAGGCUCCCUGCUUUUGCAAAACACCUCUUCGUGGUUUCCAGCCGGAGGUCAGCUGAUGGUGAGCAGUGUGCUGGUGGUCCAGCUUCAGGAGUUGGACGACUUUGGACUGUACAGCUGCAAAGUGAGGAACUCUUCCUCUCGCUUCAUCCUGCAGAAAUCAAGCAGCCCUAGUCACACCGCCGCCGUCACCGCAGCCUUCGUCCUCCUCCUCCUGCUGGCCGUGGCUGCCGUCAUCUACACCAAGUGCCACCUGAACAUCAAACUGUGGUACCGCAACUCUUACGGCGACUACGAGAUGAACGAUGGGAAGUUGUACGACGCCUACAUCUCCUACGUGAACAAUGACUACGACAGGAAGUUCGUCAACUUUAUUCUCAAACCUCAGCUGGAAAAUAAACAUGCGCAGAAGGUGCAUCUCAACGACAAUGACAUCAUGCCCGGUUCAGAACCUUCUGCAGAGCUUUUAAUGAACACCAGUCGCUCCCGACGUCUUAUCGUGUUGCUGUCUCACGCGUACCUCGAGCAGGACUGGUGCUCCAACAACUUCAGACAGGGCCUUCUGCACUUGUUAGAGCUGUGCCGGCAGCCCAUCGUCAUCAUGCUGGAAGGUCAGCUGAAGCGCAUGAGGCCUGAAAUCAGGCAGCAGCUCAUUGAGCACCAACACUGUCUCACCGUACUCACAUGGAGGCACAACUCUGUGACGCCCUCCUCGGCGUUCUGGAAGGAGCUGGCCUUAGCCAUGCCUCGCAGGGUCGUCUUCCGCAGUGAGUCGGCGGGAGACCCCCAGACGGUCCUACAGGAUGACAAAGACCCCAUGCUGACCUUAGACCCUGACUAUCUGGACUGCCGCUCUGACACGGACCCUGCGGGAGACCUGGGUGUGCGUCUCCCCAUGUACAAAGCUAUGACCGCGAAGGCUCCAGUCCUCCCAGUUAUAUCCAGUAGUGUGCGAGAACCAAAACACCCAGACAUAGAUGUGUCAGACCUGGGAUCUCGCAACUAUGGAGCCCGCUCAGACUUCUACUGCCUGGUCACUAAGGAAGACAUUUGACCCCCACCCCCCAAGUCCAGACUUUCCCCUCUAAUGACGACAAUUAUAAAGAGUCCCAUCUAGCUUUACUGUCCUGUAUAAAGUUUUCAUGCGUUGGUUAAAUCAAAAUGCACCUCGUGUCCUUUCCCAUCUACUGACGUGAUAUUUCAAAAGCAAUAUUUGAAAGCAUUUUUGUAUUUUGACAUAUUGAGAAAAUAUUUUUCAAUUGCAGUACUUACUGUGGUUAAAGAUGUUGCUUAGGGCCCAGCAGAGGGCAGAGUCAUGACAAAUCACACACAAGCCAAAGACAGCCAUUAGCACAAUGAGUGCAAAUUGCAGAAGUCAACACUGCUCCAGGGCGUAGCCUCACUGUGGGACUUAAACGUAACCUUUGGCCAUGUGGGGCUCACAUAGUGGCACGGUUAGGUAAAAUAGGUGGUCGUUUGCCUCCUUUGUGCUCUCACGGAGACAUUAUGAGCCACGGCGAAACGGGAGGCUAAAGAAGGGUGCAGCAGGGAAGGGCUGGAAUUAUUCCUGUCUGAGCAGGAGAAAAUAUGUAAACAGGGAGUGGUCGACAUGUCGGCCUGUUACAGCCACAAUAUACAUACACCUCAUUCGGUAGAUCUGUUUCUUUAUUAAAUCAGAUGGUACAGCUGCGCAUAUAGCAAAUCACUUUUUUUUUUUUUUUUUAAUACAACAGAUGCCAGUCACCAUAGUAUAUCAAACUGAGAAAUUAGAUUCCAGAUAUUGACAGGUGUCAAACUAUGUGCUGGAUCAUUUACACAAACAAAAACCUCAAAGACUAAACAAAUACACAUGAAAACUUGUUAGUUUCUUUCAGGACACGCAUGUUUUCUCAAUCACACAUGCACUGACACUUUACCAUUACAGCUUUUUUUCAAAAUUGCAAAAGCCACAGACAGUACAACAGAUUAGCGUACACACAUUUGUAGAAUACAUGACAGCUUUAGAGGCAGACCAAUAUCCCAACCUUUCUGAAGCAAAAGUAUAAAAAAAAUUCAUCUCUGGAGUAAAAUUCAAUUACAAUAGCUUUUCGCUCAUUCAUACACAUUAAUAAACACUUCAUGCAAGUGACUUGCCGAAAGGGACAAACCAAAAGUCAUGACAUAAGAAAGUCCUUGGUUACAGAGUAUAAAAUGUGAUUUUUAAGUCGAACAUUAAGCAAUAUAUACAAAUAAGUACCGCAUUGGUUAGAAUAUCAUUAUGAAUCAUAAUCUAUAGUUUCACACUGUUUUUACAUCUGCUUGUAUAAAAUGCAUCCCUGAAGCCACACGCAAACACUAGAAUAUAUAGUGCUCACAUUUGCAUGCUUGACUCCCUCUUCAAUGUCCACUGAGUGUUCUUAUCACAAACUUUCUGGCAGAUGAAAAAUGAGCUUGGGUGAUCUCGGAAUAGCAGAAAAGGCUGAUUUAGUCCCUCGCUGCCAGUAGACUUCCACUGGUGGAGUCUAGUAGAAGCAAACUUCUACUUCACGUUACCUUCCAUUUUAGAUGGUCGUGUCUGCAAAGUCUGGUCUUGUGAAGCCUUUCUGCAAUGUUAAAAUAGAAAGCAACACAGUCAUUCUACAAGUGCCCUUUAAAAUAGAUGUUGCAAAGUACAAAAGCCAACAGACUGUACGGGCAUUCCUUUAGAUCACAGGUGUCAAAGUGGUGGCCCGGGGGCCAGAUCCGGCCCGCAACAUCAUUUUAUGUGGCCCACGAAAGCAAAUCCUGUGUCGACCUCAUGUUUCUUGAGAAAAUACCAUAAUUGGUGUCUUUACUUGUAUAAUGUUGAUAUAUUGCAAGGAUUUUAUGUUACCAAUCACCUUUUUGAAAUGAAUUUAAUCAUAGUUGUACAUUUUUUAUUACCGUCUGAUUUUAAAACUAGUGAUCCAUCAAUUUGUUGUGUAUAUGUCAUUAUAUGAGACAAUAUUUUAUAUGGGUUCACAGUCAUAACGGCCCUCCGAGGGAAGCCAUUAAAUAAAACCUACAAACAAACAAUGUGGCCCGUGACAAAAAUGAGUUUGACACCCCUGCUUUAGCUUGUCAAAUUUAGAUUGUCAAACAUAAAUCAUACUUGACACACCACAAGAGGGGAUGAAUUUUUUUUCAAUCAUCACAGCUCCAUAUUUUCUACAAGACAGCACAGAUUUUAUUUGCGUGAAGGCAUUUCAGUGCUCUGUCGGGACUUGUUCAUUAGCACCUAAAAUAACGAAUACGCUGGCUAGCACCCUUGGGUGGGGCUAGUCGGAAGUUGCAUAAAGUGGAUGACCUAUCGAGUCCUGGCCAAGAUGCGCACGAGUGCAUGUCAUCGGUUGAAGAUGU